AGUUUGACAUCGGCCUUCGAUAUGUCUCCUUUUCCAGGGUUAGUCAGGUUCCGCCGCAAACCCAAUCAUAGCCACCCCCUCGCCACUCCAAUCCCCCCUCCCGCUAUACCUGUACCCUGCCAUGCCGGCACAGUCCCCGACCUGCACCAGCCUCCGCAUCCGGUCCGUGCACGAUGCAGAACUGGUCCUCCACGCCGUCUCGCUCGGCAUCCUGCCGAUGGUCCACCGCCGGCUCGACGACGAAGACAGACUGUCGCUCGCGAGCGGCUGCAUCUACGUCUGGGAGGAGCGGAGCAGCAACCCUCUCGAGUGCACCGGGCAGGAGAUUCAACGCUUCACAGAGGGCCGCAGCUGGGGGCCCUCGCGCGCGCGUGACGAUUUCCUUUUAUACUACGAAAAGGAGAGCAACAGCCGAUCUUCGGUACACUUGCGGAACAAUCUCAUGGGAUCCGCUCAGUUGAUCAAGCAAACUUACUCUGUUGUUGUCCAUGAACCGGAUGGGAAUACUCGGAAGUGGCACCUCAAUGCCUACUAUACCCAAGACACCGUCGAUCAGCUCAGGACGGUAGAUGACAUACUGAAGCUCCGAGACGUCAAUGUUCCCUCAGGAAGAUACGUGUGCGCGCGAACCAGCAACACCCGCAGAUCGUCCCGCAACACCGGUCGAGCGGGUAGCCACGCCGAGCGACCGCGUACGACGAUAGCGCGGCCAGCCCCUCUCAGCCAACCCUCCCCUUCCCUCGAUAGCCGUUACGACGUGCGCUCCUCUUCGACUUCAUCCACGAGCAGCACGAUGUCCGGGUUGCCCCCUAUCACACACAUAGUCGAUCCACACUCAGCGAGGCGCCUCGCACCUCUGGACUACUUGCAAGCCCUACCACCGCCAAAUCGCAGCCCCGUCGAUGCACAAGCCAUCAGCUCCUUCCGAAACGUCCCCUAAAAUGUAUCGAUACCUACCAAACCAAUAAUCGGACAGCGUCAGGACCAUCCUGUACUCCAUACCUUGUACAACCGUACUUACAUAUUCACUGCUUUCGUCCGCCUGAUCGUCUUACGUCGUUUUGCAUGCAUUGCUACUGCUGUCUCGGCCCUAGUUGGUUCCCUCUUACCUGGUAUAUGUAGAUGUACAAGCAGCGCUUCCACUGCAAAUGUAAUUGACUACUAACCGCCGUGCGGUUAACUCUUCUCUCAGUAUCGCGCUUCACAGGGUGACACCGACGAUGAACCUACUC